AUGUUGCCAACACGAAGUACAGAAGCGCACCAUGCAUUGGAACUCAUUGAGGAAUACCAUUCUCAAUUGACGCGACACAGCGAUGAGGAGCUUCGCGGAAACUUGGAGAAGCUCAUCAACACAUUUAAAACGAACCUGUUCAACACUCUACUUGAAUUGCACGAAUUAUAUGAAGGAACGCUGCUCAAUGAGCGCAAAUCCUAUUUGCAAAAAAUUAGCGAGGUGAAACGCAUGCUUGAGAAGUUGGACCAAAGUCCGGCAUUCUUUCUCAAGCCGUCUCGGACGACGUCCAACACGAAUUUGCAAUACACUAGCACAACACCGUUGGCAUCUGAUUUGCGGGAUCGUGGCGCAUUCUCCUAUUUGGAUGGAGGAAAUAGCAUUGGUAACGGUGUUUUGACGACGACAACGCCAUACACACAUUCGUCGUCGAGCCAUAUUCUUCAUGAGAGAACACGCCAAACGAGCCAUGACGGUACCUGGAAAGAAACCACGACAAAAAUGGUGGAUACUCCAAGUGGUGUUGAGCGUCGCACAUUUGAGCAUACUGGAGUCAUCGAUGAAUACGGAAGAAAAUGGGAAUUGGAGAACGUUAUUCUUGAAAAAGGGCACACCGGUCUGGGUUUCUCAAUCACUGGAGGAACUGACCAGCCAACAGAAGAUGGCGAUACCGCUAUCUAUGUAACAAAUAUUAUUGAAGGAGGUGCGGCGCUAGCUGACGGGCGCAUGAAGAGAAAUGAUAUUAUUGUAUCAGUUAAUGGCAUUAACUGUGAGGGAGUUAAACACGAGGUUGCUGUAAAUGCUUUAAAGAAUGCUGGAAAUGUGGUUUCAUUGGUGCUGAAACGCCGUCGAGAUGAGAAUUCCGCUCCUCUUCCAAUUGGAGGCUUUGGUGGAUCGACUAGCGCCCUUCGCAACGGAUUAACACCAUCAUUGAGCACUGGCAACUUGACACAUUCAAUGCAUUCGCCGACGAUCCCUCAUCAUCCGCCGCCGCCGCCACCGAUUCAUCACGGAUCAUUGGGCCAAUUAUCAACGUCGCAAUAUCGCAAUCGUCCCAACACACAACUCGUUGAACUUUACAAGGGAUCGACCGGAUUAGGAUUUUCGAUUGCCGGUGGUGUUGGAAAUGAGCACAUUCCUGGUGAUACAGACAUUUUUGUCACCAAGGUUAUCGAGGGUGGUGCUGCGGACACUGAUGGACGCCUUAGAGUUGGCGAUAAAAUAUUGGAGGUCGACAAUAUUGCUUUAAGCAAUGUUUCUCAUGAAUAUGCGGUUGACGUGUUGAAAAAUACUGGAAAUCGUGUACGUCUGUUGAUUCAGAAGAAUAAUGGUCAGUUCAAUGAUUCCGCGAGCCAGCAAUUCGUUCCAACUACUCCAAUCCUUCGACCGAGCUCGGUUCAAGAUUUUAAUAGAUCGUACGAUUCACAAUCACAUCUUGGAUACUCACAGAAUACACCUGUUGCUAUCCCAUUGGAUCCAAGAACCGUCACUCUUUACAAAGGUCAAAAUGGAUUAGGAUUCAACAUUGUUGGCGGAGAAGACAAUGAGCCAAUCUACAUUAGUUUUGUUCUUCCUGGAGGCGUUGCUGAACUCAGUGGAAAUGUGAAGACUGGAGACGUCCUGCUUGAAGUCAAUGGCGUCAACUUGCGUGGAGCUACUCAUCGUGAAGCCGCCGAAGCUCUUAGAAAUGUGCAGAAUCCGGUCCAACUAGUUCUCCAAUAUCGACCGAAAGAGUAUCAACUAUUCGAAUCAAAAAUUGAAAAGCUGCGUAACGAUGUGAUUUCGCAGUCAAAGUUGAAUACCUUACCGCGACGUGAGCACUAUGUAAGAGCACUGUUCGACUACGAUCCAUCUCGCGAGAAUUCCGUGGCUCCUCACAGAUCCAUGUCAUUCAACUAUGGAGAUAUUCUUCAUAUCAUUAACUCGUCUGAUGAUGAAUGGUGGACAGCUAGAAAGGUUCUUGAAAAUAAUGAGGAAAGCGCUGAAGGAGUUAUCCCUUCGAAGAAACGAGUUGAAAAAAGAGAACGAUUAAGAAGAAAGCAAGUCAACUUCAACGCGGGAUCGCAAUCUCUUGGACGAAACUCAUCGACUGGUUUGGAGCACCGUCGCGGAAGCCGAAGUCAGCUCUCGUUCUCCAGAAAGUUCCCAUUCGUCAAGAGCACUGAUCGCCUCAACGAUCUUGCGGAAGAAGCUGCCAAUAUCAAUGAUGAGCCAGUCUUCUCAUACCAAAAUGUGGAACAACAGAACAUCAAUUAUGUUCGGCCCGUCAUUAUUCUCGGUGCAUUGAAGGAUCGAGUUAAUGACGAAUUGGUCACAAGAGAUCCGAAUCAAUUUGGAAGUUGCGUUCCACAUACUUCACGUCCACCGCGCGAUAAUGAAGUCGAUGGCCGUGAUUAUCACUUUGUGCCAAAACACAAAAUGGAGGAAGACGUCAAGAACAACCUCUUCAUUGAAGCUGGACAAUUCCAAAACAAUUUAUAUGGAACCAGUAUUCAAAGCGUUCGUGAAGUGGCCAAUCAAGGGCGCCACUGCAUCCUUGACGUCAGUGGUAAUGCGAUUAGAAGACUCCAAAGUGUCGCUAAUAUCCAACCUAUCUCCAUCUUCAUCAAACCAUCGUCUCCACAACAAAUUAUGGAACUUGAUCGACAAAUGGCGAAGACUAUGCAAGACGAGCGACCACUUCUUGACGACGAAGCCGCCGCGCAGUACCAGAGAUGCCAACGAAUUGAGCAAACCUUUGGAGAUCUUUUCACACAUGUGAUCUCCAACGCUCAAUCGGCCAACGAGGUGAUGAACAAAGUCUAUCAAUUGAUCAAGAAGGAAUCGCAAUCGCCAAUCUGGGUGGCACGCAAUUAA